CUCUUUGCAUCCAUAAUGAGGCAGGAAAUUGGGUUCUUUGACAAGAACAGGACGGGAGAGCUGACGAACCGACUCGCGUCCGACACGCAAGUCAUCCAGAAUGCGGUGACGGUCAACAUCAGCAUGCUGGCUCGCUACACCCUACAGAUGAUCCUCUCCAUAGGCCUCAUGUUCUACAUCAGUCCCAGACUCACAGCAGUCCUGCUGUCUAUAGUACCUAUCAUCGCCGUCUCUGCCGUCCAGUAUGGGCGAUGGUUGAAGAACUUGAGGAAAGAUUUCCAGGACAAGUUAGCCCACGCCAACAGCACCGCCGAGGAAUCAAUCAGCAACAUAACGACCGUCCGCUCCUUCUCCAACGAGCUCAAAAUGACCGGAAUCUACGACGUGGACAUUGACAAGAGCUACCACUUGGGUCGCCGGCUGGCGUUCCUCUCGGGAACGUUCAUGGGGAUCAUGACGUUCUUGGUGUUUGGGGCCUCGGCCCUGGUGCUGUGGUACGGCGGAUACCUGGUGUACCACAGUGAGAUAGCUCCCGGGACGCUCAUAUCACUCAUGCUCUACACUCUCAACCUCGCCAUGUCCUUCGCCUUCCUCUCCAACCUCUACGGGGAGUUCAUGCAGGCUGUCGGGGCCUCCGUUCGGAUAUUUGAGUUGAUGGACAGAGAGAGUGAGGUGAAGGAUGGACACCAAAUACCUGCCCUUUUCCACAGAGGUAUCGCAUUUCAGGAUGUUUCUUUCAGCUAUCCUUCUCGAUCUGAGGAACCUGUUUUGAAGGCUGGUGCAACCUCAUUUCAUGCAGAAAAUACACCGAUUCCCUAGCAAAAAGUUUCUCUCUAAAGUUUGAAUCUGUAGUUUUGUGUGUAUUGACAACGAAAUGCAUAAUAAUUACUGCUAUAUAUAAUAGAGCAUCAGUUUCGAGGUGAAGCCGGGCCAGGUGGUGGCUCUGGUGGGUCCUAGCGGCGGAGGGAAGUCGACAUGUGUCCGACUCAUCGAACACUUCUACGAGAUCUCUGACGGGACCAUUCUCCUCGGGCAGAAGGACGUGCGGACUCUUGACCCCUCCUGGUUCAGGAGACAUAUCGGCCUCGUUAGUCAGGAGCCCGUCCUCUUUGCCUCCUCGAUUAGAGACAAUAUCGCCUAUGGCAAAGACGCUGCUACCCAGGAAGAAAUUGAAGAGGCUGCAAAACAGGCAAAUGCUCAUGAGUUUAUCACAUCCUUUGAGAAUGGCUAUGAUACGAUGGUGGGUGAGCGAGGUAUUCGUCUGUCGGGAGGCCAGAAGCAGCGAAUGCCAUUGCGAGAGCUCUCCUGCUGGACCCCGACAUCCUCCUCUUGGAUGAGGCCACGUCUGCCCUGGACGCAGAGAGCGAGCACUUGGUCCAGGAGGCCAUCGACAGAGCCAUGACAGGUCGGACUGUCCUCGUCAUAGCUCACCGACUCUCCACUGUCAGGGACGCCUCUCAGGUAAUAGUGAUAGAGAAGGGUUGUGUGAUGGAGCAAGGCACACAUAGUGAGCUGCUCGCCCGCGACGGAGUGUACAAGCAGCUGGUAAUGAGACAGCUAAUGGCAGGGGAGGAGAGAGGAGGGGAGAAACUUUGCAACUUAUCAAUCAAAGACCCUGCAGACAGUGCAGUAACAGUUUUUUAAACCUAUUUUAUCUCCAGUAUUUAUGAAGCAGCAUUCUGCUUUUUGUAUGGUAUAAUAAU